AUGGUUCAUAAUAGUACCUUGCAUUACGAUAAGGUACUCAGGUACAUCGCUCUCUGCAAACAUCAGCUCUACCCGCAGAUCUUCACGUGGAGAAACACGACGCUCCUAUGCGUCGCUAUCUGGGUUGCCAGCAUCCUGAUCGACAUUCCCACGACGCUCGGCUGGGGCUCGAACGGCUACGACGAGAAAGCGAUGAUCUGCCUGUACGACCGCACGUACGAGUACUCGUACACGCUCUUCUUCGCUAUCACCUCCGUCUUCAUUCCCAUCGGCAUCGUCUUCAUCUGCUACUUAAAGAUCUUCCUCUUCGUUCGCGCGAAGAAGAAAGAACUCCGUCUGGCGGAGAACGCCGGCACCACGCCGACAACCGCGCGCAACAGCAAGGCCCAGCGCGACGAGAUCCGGUUAGCGCGUACGCUCUUCAUCAUCUUCAUCGCAUUCUUCAUCUGCUGGGGCUCGUACGCUUUCCUCGUCGUCUUCGAUAUCUACGACAAGGCUCCGAAGAUCUGGCACGCCAUCUCGAUUGAGCUGGCGCACGCGACGAGCAGUGGCGUCAACUUCAUUCUCUAUGGCGCCACCAACGCGCAGUUCCGCAACGCCUACAAGCAGAUAUUGUGCCCGAGACGAGCCCAGGUGGCUCCUUCUUCGAUGGUUACCCACACGGAAGGAAUCACCAUGCAGAAAGCGCGCUUUUCGAAUUAUCGCGCGGCCACAGGGGAGACGAUCAAGCAGGUUGAAACGAUCACGUAG